CCUAAUUUGGGUUGGUUAGUGGCAGUUGGUUGACUCUCCAGGUCCUUUGAUGUUCGACGCGUCCCAGCGGCAUUCAGGUAUGAAUGUACCGCGUCACUCUCAGAACGCAGAGGUAGCGCGUGUAGCAGCACUGCAAGCAGAGUUUAACGAGAAGAGAUGGGUGUGGGUUCCCGACGAGAAGGAAGGGUACCUCGCAGGAUGGGUCAACCAAGAAGACGAGGUUACAGCACAAGUGGUUAUGUCUGCUGGAGGAGAAAUACGACGCGUUCCUCUAUAUGCUUUAUCAAAGAUGAACCCUCCAAAGUUUGACCGCGUCGAUGACAUUGCCGACCUCACAUUCCUUAACGAAGCCAGCGUCGUGCACAAUCUACGUCUAAGGUACGGGUCAGGUGCUAUCUAUACGUAUUCCGGGCUCUUUCUAGUCUCAAUUAAUCCAUACCAAAAUUUACCUCUAUAUACCGACGCAAUCAUUCAACAAUACCGGAACAAACGGCGCGAUGAGAAUCCACCCCACAUCUUUGCAGUGUCAGAGAGAGCAUGGGUGAACAUGCAAAACGAACACGAGAACCAAAGUAUCCUGAUUACGGGUGAGUCAGGCGCGGGUAAAACCGAAAGUACCAAGAAGGUCAUACAGUAUCUUUCCGCCAUUGCAACCGACGCCCAUCCGCCGGGGACUUUGCACGCCCACUCUCCUUCCAUUCCUUCGUCCGGGUUUCCGAGGGGUACCUCCUCCAGGAGGAAAUCAGUUCCGUUUGCUGGCUCGGGUAAUUCGUUGACAGCAAAAGGUCGCCUUGGACUUCUGGAACGACAAAUAAUACAGGCAAACCCAAUCCUCGAGGCCUUCGGAAAUGCUCAGACGCAGCGAAAUAACAACUCCAGUCGAUUCGGAAAGUUCAUCCGGAUCAGUUUUGCGCCUGAUGGUAGCAUAUCAGGCGCCAAUAUUGAUUGGUAUUUGCUGGAGAAGAGUCGUGUAGUAGUAAGGAGCCCAGCGGAGCGAAAUUUUCAUGUGUUUUAUCAGCUUUUGUCUGGUGGAACUCCUCUCAAAGAUUCCUUACUUUUGGAUGGAGGAAUUGAGGACUAUGAGUUUUUGAACCGAAGUAAGCGAGAAGUGGAUGGGGUGAACGAUCGGGAUGACUGGGAUACUCUGAUAAACGCCUUUGAGGUGGUCGGAUUCUCGCAGGCCGAACAAUUCGACCUUUUCCGAGUUGUUGCUGCCAUCCUUCACAUUGGCAACAUCGCUAUCACUUCCACGCGGGCUGACGAUGCUGUGAUGGCAGAUCCAUCACAAGCGGAGCGCGUCUGCCAUCUACUAGGUAUACCUGUGUCGGAGUUUACCAAAGCUGUCCUACGUCCAAAAGUGCUCGCUGGUAGGGAGUGGGUCAUGCAGGCACGGAACUGGUCAACAAGCUCUAGACGAAUUGGCCGCAUUAUGCAAGACAUUGUAUGAAAAAUCGUUUGGUGCCUUGGUCGAUCGUAUCAAUCGAGCUUUGGAUCGGCCAACUUCAAAGUCGACCUUCAUCGGCGUCCUUGACAUUGCGGGGUUCGAGAUUUUCGACGUCAAUACAUACGAGCAACUGCUCAUCAAUUACACAAACGAGAAGCUGCAGCAGUUUUUCAACCACCACAUGUUUGUACUUGAGCAGGAGGAAUACUCUCGCGAAGGAAUCGAGUGGGAUUACGUCAACUUUAAGCUUGAUCUCCAGCCCACCAUCGAUUUGAUCGAAUCUACCGGGCCAGCUCCUAUCGGUAUCUUGAGUUGUUUAGACGAAGAAUGCAUCAUGCCCAAAGCAACGGACCUUACAUUCACGGAGAAAGUGCACUCAAUGUGGAGCGGGGAAUUGCGCCUAGGUGAACAACCUCACCUGGGACGUUCCAAGUACAGUCUUCCAAAAUUCGAGCAAGGCUUCAUCAUCACCCAUUACGC